AUGGCUCCGAUCAAGCGCAAGGGAAAUGCCGCAGAGGAGGCUUCUGCCCGUCAACCCCAGAAGCGUGUCCGCGUCGGAGCAGAGGAUCGCAAGAAAGACCAGAAGAAACAAAAAACCGCCUCGAAUGACAGCAAGUCCAAGCCGGACGCAGAAUCUGCGCCCAAAGCUUCGGAGCUUUCGGUUCUGCGCGAUGACGAGCCCUCUUUCCCCCGUGGUGGUGGAAGCGUUUUGACGCCUCUCGAACGAAAACAGAUUCAGAUUCAAGCGACGAAGGAUGUUCUUUUCGAGCAGAAGGGCGCUAGACCUUCUUCCGGCAACUUCGGAGAUGAUGGACUGGAGGACGACACAGACAUGGAAGAUGCCGGGGAUGCCACAUCAGCCGGUGCGAAAAAGGAUCGCAAGCGCAAGACAAAGGGAAAGAAGACUACAGAGCAGGAUACGAGCGAGAGUAAAGGCGUUCGCAUUGAGGGUCUGAAUUUCAAGCGUAUUCAACCUGGCACUAUGGUACUAGGCCAAGUCUCGAGUAUCAACGCUCACGACAUCGGAAUUUCCCUACCUAACAACCUCACCGGUUACGUCCCCUUAACAUCCGUGUCCAAGGUGCUGGAGGAGAAGAUCGAGAAGAUCCUCAAGGAUGACGGAAGCGACGAGGAGGACGGUGAAGAGGAAGAGGAGGAGGAUUCGCUGGACCUUAACAAAUACUUCUACCUCGGCCAGUACUUGCGAGCAUACGUUGUCUCUACGGGAAGCAAUGCAGCCGAUGCCAAGUCCAAGAGCAGAAAGCGCAUUGAACUUUCUGUCGACCCAAGACAAGCUAAUACUGGGCUUUCAAAAUCGGACUUGGUUGUCAACACCGCCGUUCAAGCAUCGGUUGUCAGCGUGGAGGAUCACGGCUUGGUUAUGGAUCUGGGCCUUGAGGGCGGCGACGUCAAGGGGUUCAUGUCUUCCAAGGAAGUUGACCCCAAAACUCAACCCUCGGCUAUCAAGGAAGGCUCGGUGUUUCUGUGUAUGGUCACUGGCCAGAACGCUAACGGCAGUGUCGUCAAGCUGUCCGCCAACCUUCAAUCCACUGGUUCGAUCAAAAAGUCACACUAUCUCAGCACCGCUCCUACGAUCACUUCUUUCCUCCCCGGUACCGCAGCGGAAAUCCUUCUGACCGAAGUCUCGUCAACCGGAAUGUCUGGAAAGAUCAUGGGCAUGUUGGAUGCCACGGUCGAUAUGGUGCAAUCUGGAGGAAACUUGGGGAAGGACUUGGCCAAUAAAUACAGUACUGGCGCCAAGAUCAAGGCCCGUCUUGUCUGCACGUUCCCAGCGGCUGAGCCAUACAAGGUCGGCUUUUCACUGCUCGAUCACGUCGCCAAGUUCGCCUCUGAUGGUGGCCCCGGAUCUUCCGACGACGCCCCCGCCAUCUCUGCGAUUGUACCCGAGGCUAAGAUUGUCACGGUUGAUCCCGGCCUCGGUGUGUAUGUGCAAAUUGGUUCGACUAAACACAUGGGAUUCGUUCAUGUGUCAAGGCUUUCAGACGGACAAGUGGAAACUAUCUCUCCCGAGGUUGGCCCCUUCCGAACCGAUUCCAUACACGAGGCAAGAGUGGUCGGAUACAGUGCAAUUGACAAGCUUUACCUCCUGUCUUUUGAGAAGAAGAUUAUUGAUCAGCCAUUCCUCCGGGUUGAGGAUGUGACGCUGGGAGCCGUUGUGAAAGGAAAGGUGGAGAAGCUUCUGAUCGGAGCCAAUGGAGUCGAUGGCCUGAUUGUUACUCUGGCUGAUGGCAUCACCGGUCUUGUUCCGUCUAUGCAUUUCGCCGAUACUGCCCUUCAAUUCCCGGAGAAGAAGUUCCGGGAGGGUAUGACGGUAUCAACCAGAAUCUUGUCGGUCAACUUGGAGAAGCGCCAGAUCCGUUUGACCUUGAAGAAGAGCUUGUUGAACAGCGAAUCCGCCAUCUGGAAGGACUACCAAAACAUCACCCCUGGCACCCAGUCUCCAGGAACUAUCAUCAAACUCCAUUCCCAUGGUGCCGUGGUUCAGUUCUACGGCUCAGUUCGGGGCUUCCUUCCUGUGUCUGAAAUGAGCGAAGCAUACAUCAAGGAUCCUUCGCAACACUUCAGACUCGGACAGGUUGUCAAUGUUCACGCGCUGAGCGUUGAUGCCUCUCUCGGAAAGCUCGCAGUCUCUUGCAAGGACCCUGAGACAUUCACCGAGGCUUACAGAAAGGGUUUCGAGAGCCUUCAUCCCGGCAUGCUUGUCUCCGGAACUGUUUUCGAAAAGUCCACUGAUGACAUGCUUCUCAAACUGGACGAGUAUGGCCUUGUUGCCCGGCUCAACGUCGAGCACGUUGCCGAUGGCUCUCCUUCGAAGCAGGCCUCGACUCUUUCGAAGAUUCGUGUUGGCCAAAAGCUCAAUGAACUUAUGGUGCUCGACAUCCAGCGCGCGCACAGGCUCAUCAAAGUAACUGGCAGACAAAGCCUCAAGAAGGCCUCCAAACAAGGUCGAAUCCCAGCCAAGUUCGGAGAUGUCCAGGAAGGUGCUGAGGUCACUGGUUUCAUCCGUAACAUUACGACGAACGGAUUGUUUGUUGAGUUCCUGGGUGGCGUCAUCGGUCUCGUUCCCAAGCGACUUGUUGGUGCAGAGGAUGUCAACAAGCCGGAUUACGGCUUGGCCAGAUCUCAGGUAGUGACGGCGACGGUGCAUUCGAUCGACGCUGAUUUCCAGCGAUUCAUCUUGAGCAUGAACCCUUCGGAGGCUACCCACGCCGGUGCUAAGAAGAAGGCCGCUGCUAAGCCUGAACCCUCCCCGGCUGACGAUGCCGUCGCUAACGCCAUCGAUGAGGGCAUCCAGUCGAUGUCUGAUUUCACCUUCGGAAGGAUCACUAAGUGCAAAAUUGUUUCGGUCAGGGCGACUCAAGUCAACGUUCAGCUUGCCGAUAACAUCCAGGGCCGGAUAGAUGUGUCUGAGGUCUUCGACAAGUGGGAGGACAUCAAGGAUCGCAAGCAGCCAUUGCGGUUCUUCCGCCCUAAGCAGAUCAUUUCCGCCAGAAUUCUGGGCAUCCACGACGCCCGCAACCACAAGUUCCUUCCUAUCAGUCACCGUAGCGGAAAGUUCCCAGUGUUCGAGCUUUCCGUGAAGCCGAGUUUCCUGCAAGCGGCCAAUCCCAGUCCCCUGAACCUGGAACAAGUUCAGACUGGCUCUACUUGGGUUGGUUUCGUCAACAAUGUGGCCGAUGACUGCCUCUGGGUUAACUUGUCGCCCAAUGUCCGAGGAAGACUGCGUCUUAUGGAUGCGUCGGAUGACUUGUCUCUUCUUGCCGACGUGGAGAAGCACUAUCCUGUGGGAUCUGCGCUGAAAGUCCACGUCUCAGCCGUCGACGCUGAGAAGGGGCGUCUGGAUCUGACCGCCAAGCAACGCUCUGAGAAGCUUGCGUUUGAAGAUAUCUCCACCGGGAUGAUUCUGCCUGGAAGAAUCACCAAGGUCACUGAAAGACAAGUCAUCAUGCAGCUCAGCAAAUCGAUUGUCGGUGCAGUCGAUUUGAUUGAUAUGGCAGAUGAUUACACCAAGGCCAACCCGACGGUGUACCAGAAGAACGAAGUGCUCCGCGCGUGUGUUAUCAGCAUCGACAAGGCUAACAAGAAGAUUUCUCUUUCGCUGCGCCCAUCGAAGGUUCUUAGCUCCUCUCUCCCCGUUCAGGACAAGGAGAUCUCCUCCAUCAGUCAACUCAAGGUGAAUGAUGUUGUCCGGGGUUUCAUCCGGAGGGUUGCCGACAACGGACUGUUCGUGACGGUCGGUCGUGACGUUACUGCUUAUGUCCGCAUCUCCGACCUUUCAGAUUCCUACCUCAAGGAGUGGAAGGACUCUUUCCAAGUUGAUCAGUUGGUCAAGGGCCGUGUCACUGUAGCGGACUCAGAGCAAGGCAAGUUGCAAAUAAGUCUGAAGGAGUCUGCUUUGGACCCCAAAUACAAGGCCCCUGUUACGCUUCAUGACCUCAAGCCUGGUCAGAUCGUGACUGGAAAGGUCCGCAAGGUCGAGGAGUUCGGUGCCUUCAUCGUCAUUGAUGGUUCCAAGAACAUCAGCGGCCUUUGCCACCGCAGUGAAAUGGCUGAGGGUCGCGUGGAAGAUGCCCGGACUUUGUACGAAGAAGGCGACGCUGUUAAGGCCAAAAUCCUCAAGAUUGACCGCAAGCAAGAAAAGAUCUCUUUCGGAUUGAAGGCUUCUUACUUCGAUGAUGACGAGGACGAGGAGGACAGCGACGACGAAGGCGACGAUUCCGAAGGCAUCAGUCAGGAUGGCAUCGGUGGCGUUGAUGUCGACGACAGUGACGAGGACGACAGCGAUGUUUCCAUGGGCGGUGUCGACCUCGAGGAGGAUAGUGAAGACGACUCUGAGCAGAGCGAUGAUGAGGCGAUGGAUGACGCGCCUGCAAGCCGGCAAGUUGGAGGCCUUGGGGACGGCGGCUUUGACUGGAGCGGCAACACCAAAAAUGACGAGAAGAUGGAUGUCCAGUCGGACUCGGAAGACGAGGAUGCAUCCCGGCAGAAGAAGAAGAAGAACCGCAAGCCAGAGAUCCAGGUGGACCGCACUGGUGAGUUGGACGCCAACGGACCCCAGUCGGUCGCCGACUACGAACGACUUCUGCUCGGUGAGCCGGAUUCUUCGCUCCUGUGGCUUCAGUACAUGGCCUUCCAGUUGGAGCUGGGUGAAGUCGAGAAGGCAAGAGAAAUUGCCGAGCGCGCUCUCCGUACCAUCACCAUCGGCCAGGAUGCUGAGAAGUUGAACAUCUGGGUGGCCAUGCUCAAUUUGGAGAACACGUACGGCAACGACGACACUCUGGAGGAUGUCUUCAAGCGCGCGUGCCAGUACAACGAUACUCAGGAGGUCUAUGAGCGGAUGAUCAGCAUCUACAUCCAGUCUGGAAAGAACGAGAAAGCGGAUGAGCUCUUCCAAACCGCUCUCAAGAAGAAGAUCUUCCAGUCGGCCAAGUUCUUCGUCAACUAUGCCAGCUUCUUGUUCGAUACCAUGGCUGCUCCUGAGCGCGCUCGUGCGCUGCUUCCUCGCGCCCUUCAGUCGCUGCCUUCUCACACCCACGUGGAGACCACCUCCAAGUUUGCCCAGCUGGAGUUCCGUUCGUCGAAUGGAGACGUCGAGCGUGGCCGGACGGUGUUCGAAGGACUCUUGUCCUCAUUCCCCAAGAAGGUCGACUUGUGGAACAUCCUGCUAGACCUGGAGAUCAAGAACGGCGAUGCCGAACAGGUCCGCCGCCUGUUCGAGCGGGUUCUGGGUAUCACCAAGAAGGGGGGUGCCGUUGAGGCCAGCAAGAAGGUCCGGCCCAAGCAGGCCCGCUUCUUCUUCAAGAAGUGGCUCUCGUUCGAGGAGAAGCUCGCGUCUGAGGGAAGUAAUGACAAGAUGGUGGAGGAUAUCAAGGCCAAGGCGGCGGACUACGUCAAGUCGCUGCAGCAGGAGUGAGCAUCGGUGUUACGGACAUAGAGAAUCCUUGUAUAUAAAAAGCAUUUCCACACAAAUAUCUUCGUUUCUUCC